AUGGAGAGUAAAGACACGAAGGAAACUACCUCAGAAGCUACUAUUUCGGAAAAAAACUAUGAUACAUGUAACAAGUUAAAUGAAAUUACCAAAGAAAAGAAAGAGGAACCUCAACAAAAUUUAUCUAAAAAUGCACUAAAAAAACUUCGAAAACAACAAAAAUGGGAGGAAACACGUGAAGCACGCAAAUUGGCUUUAAAAGAAAAAGACAAGAGGAAAAAAGAAGAAAGGAGGAAGGCUAAGGAAUUAGGUCUUAUACAGUUACCACCAAAAAAAAUUAAAGUUGAACAAAUUCCUAGUGAUAUGAAAGUUGUUAUUGAUUUAUCCUUUGAUGAAUUUAUGACCGAAGCGGAAAUUACAUCUUUGUCUUUACAAUUAUCACGCUGUUAUUCAGCCAAUCGAUCAGCAAUGCGUCCUGUGAAUUUAUAUUUUACUUCAUAUGGAGGUCGCGUCCAGGAACGAUUUAAUACCAAACUUCAAAAUCACAUUAAUUGGAAAAAUGUGGUUUUUGAAACAAGAACUUAUUGGGAUUGUUUUAACAAAGAAAAGUUAGUUUAUUUGACAGCCGACUCGGAUGAAUAUGUACAAGAAUUAGAUGAAGAAAAAAUUUAUAUAAUAGGAGGACUAGUGGAUAAAAAUCGGCACAAGAAUAUAUGUUAUAAUAAAUCUCAAAGAGAUGAAAUUGCCUCAGCUCAACUACCCAUAGGAAAUUAUAUUCAAUUGAAUACACGAAAAGUUUUAGCCGUAAAUCAUGUAUUUGAAAUACUUGUUCGUUGGUUGGAAUGUAAAGAUUGGGGAAAAUCGUUUUUGGAAGUAAUCCCACAACGUAAAUUUAACACAAUAGAAAGGAAAAAAAGGCAAGAAAACAAUGAUGUUAAUUCUACAUCUUUACAAUAUCCUGAAUGUGAAGGUAAUGAAAAAUCAUGUGAUGAGUGA